AGUUUUACUCAUAUAACCCCAAAGAUUCUCUCUCCAACAAGUCUCUCACAAAUCGUGCAGCUCUCUCAUCUCCACUACUGCGUCCCGCCGGCACCGCUCACGACAAGCACCAUUCUGAGUCCACCUAGACUGCCGCAAACCAUCCACGGUGACGCCGGAUUUCAAUCUUCCUCCGCCUCUUUGUUGUUCAUCUGUUGCAAUGUGCUUAUGUCGUGAUCAUGGUUUUGAAGUUGAAGUUGAAGAAUGAGUUUCUAUAAUCAUGUUAAUUUGUAUUGUGAUUUUUUAUUUUGAAGGUUUAGCAACUUUGCUUUAGUGAAAUGAUAAAAAUAAGCUGAAAAAAAGGAGGAUGUUUAGCAGUAGAGCAAGGUGGUUGCGCUUCGUUGUGCAAUUCAAGCUUUUUCCAACAACAUCAGUAUGCAAUAAUUCUGCCCAGAGAAGUUCCUUUUGUACAUCGGCAAAGAACAGUAACAACAACAGCAAGGAGAUCAUUACUGAUGAAAGGUAUCGGCAGCUUGAAAAUCUCGACAUGAUGACUGCCAUCAAGAUUCUUUUCACUGAUCCCCCAAAGAAGAAAAAGUUUGGGUUUGAUUUCCAUCUUGUGCAAUUUUUCUUUGCCUGCAUGCCUUCCUUGGCUGUAUAUUUGGUGGCGCAGUAUGCUCGUUAUGAAAUAAGAACAAUGGAAGUGGAAGUGGAGCAGAAAAGGAAGAAGAAGGAAGAAGAAGAAGCAAAGGAAAGAGAAAAAGAAUUGGAACUAAAUCCUCCUGAGGAAAAGGAAGCAAAUCCGCAGCUGUCAGAGGUGAAUGAAAGACUUGACAAACUUGAAGAAACUGUAAAGGAGAUUGCUGUUGUAACCAAGAAGCAAUCAAGCAGUAACAUAGUCACAAAUCAGGUAACUGGUGAUGAGAAAGAACCCCUAAAUAAUUCUGCACCAAGGAACACUAGUGAAGGCAAGGAUAAUUCGAAAUCAGAAUCAGGUGAAGAAAGUAAGGGUUCAGUAGCAACUUCAAAUUCUUCUCUUCAGAAUCCAACAGGCCAGAAUCAAAGCGGAAGAGCUUCUUAAGGUGGUUAGAUCUUAAAAACAUUUUUGGAGGAAAUAAGUACAUAAUUUAUCAAAAGCUGUACUGCAGGGCUCCUACUGAGCACUUGAAACUUGUUAAUUUUGAGCUCAUAUUGGAUUUGAUCUUAA